AUGGUAAAUUACGGGAACCACGAGACAACAAGCCAAGCCCGUAGAACCAAGCCCAAGACAGAGAAAGAAACAAGCCCAGACCUAUACGAGAGAAACAACCCCGACCGAGAGAAAGCCCAGACACGGGAGACAAGCAACCCAGACCACGAGAGAACAAGCCCAGACCACGAGAGAACAAGCCCAGACCACGAGAGAACAAGCCCAGACCACGAGGGAACAAGCCCAGACCACGAGUCCCAGACCACGAGAGAACAAGCCCAGACCACGAGGGAACAAGCCAGAACACGAGGAACAAGCACAGACACGAGAGAACAAGCCCCGACCACGAGAGACAAACCCACGGUAGAACAAGCCCCAGACACGAGAGAACAAGCCAGACCCACAGAAGAACAAGCCCAGACCAGAGAAGAACAAGCCCAGACCCAGAAGAGAACAAGCCAACCACGAGAGAACCAAGCCCAACCACGCGAGAGAACAAGCCCAGACCCAAGACAACCGACGAGAGAACAAGCCAAGACCCCGAGGGAACAAGCAGACACGAGAGAACGAAGACCACUAGACCACGAGAGAACAAGCCCCGACACGAAACAAGCCCACACACGAGAGAAAACAAGCCCAGACCACGAGGGAACAAGCCCAGACCACGAGGGAACAAGCCCAGACCACGAGAGAACAAGCCCAGACCACGAGAGAACAAGCCCAGACCACGAGGGAAACAAGCCCAGACCACGAGAGAAACAAGCCCAACCACGAGAGAACAAGCCCAGAACACGAGAGACAAGCCAGACCACGAGAGAACAACCCACACCACGGGAGAACAAGCCCAGACCACGGAGAACCAAGCCCAGACACGAAGAGAACAAGCCCAGACCACGAGGGAACAAGCCCAGACCACGAGAGAACAAGCCCCGAGAGAAAAGCCCAGACCACGAAGAGAACGAAAGCCCAGACCACGAGGGAACAAGCCCAGACCACAGAGAAACAAGCCCAACCACGAGAGAACAAGCCCAGACCACGAAGGGAAACAAGCCCCACACACGAGAGAACAAGCCCAGACCAGACGAGGAGAAAAGACCCAGACCACGAGAGAACAAGAACCAAGAGAACAAGCCAGACCACGAGAGAACAAGCCCAACCACGAGAGAAAAGCCCAGACCACGAGAGAACCACCAGACCACGAGAGAACAAGCCAGACCACACAAGCCCAGAGAGAGACAAGCCCAGACACGAGAGAACAAGCCCAGACCACGAGAGAACAGCCCAGACCACGAAGAACAAGCCCAAGCACGAGAGAACAACCCACACCACGAGAGAACAAGCCCAGACCACGAGAGAACAACACCCAGACCACGAGAGAACAAGCCAAGACCACGAGAGAACAAGCCCAGACCACGAGAGAACAAGCCCAGACCACGAGAGAACAAGCCAGACCACGAGAGAACCAAGGAGAGAACAAGCCCAACCGAGAGAACAAGCCCACGAGAGAACAAGAGAGAGACAGGAGAGAACAAGCCCAGACCACGAGAGAACAAGCGACCCACACGAGGGAACAAGCCAAGAACGAGAGAAACAAGCGAGAGAACAGAGAGAACAAGCCCAGACCACGAGGGAACAAGCCCAGACCACGAGAGAACAAGCCCAGACAAGAGAGACCACAAGAGACAAGCCCAGACCGACCGACCACGAGAACAAGCCCAGACCACGAGAGAACAAGCCCAGACCACGAGAGAACAAGCCCAGACCACGAGAGAACAAGCCCAGACCAGCGAGGACGGUGCAGACCCCAGCGUUUGCAUUCCCUCCCGGCGACAGCCCAACGGCCCGAAGCGAGAGAAGAAAAAAUGGCAGUAA